AUCAUAUCAUCACAAAAACCAGUAUAAAUAUAAACUUAAUAGACGUCGCCUGUAAUUAUGAAAUCGCUUUUGGAUAGUUUUCGUUCUUUUUACRAAGUUAUCUUAGUGUUAAUUUUUAUUCUUUCAAUAAUCGAUGCGCAACAAUAUCCGAAGAAAGAGAAGUUUUAUGCCGUGAAAGAAGAAGUCAAAUUUAUUCGUUGUGAAACCUGCCAAAAAGCAGUGAAAUAUUUGUACAGAAAAGCUAAAGAGAUGAAGGAUAAAGCUACGACUAAGAAGAUCUCGGAGGAAGAGAUAAUCAAUUUAGUUGAGAAGAGCUGCAAUCCUGGUAAAGAAGAAGGUGAAUGGAUUUCAAAAUUUGAUCUUGUUGCUGAUAACAAUGAGUUAAGAUUAGUAGAGAAACAARACUUUGGGAGGUGYAGAAAAGAAUGCCAGACUAUUGCAAAAGCUUGUGARGAAUCAAUAGGAGAAGCUGACACUGACCUUGGUGAACUGCUGUGGCAAGACAAGCUGUCUCUUUCUAAAUUAAUCAAYAAGUUUUGCUAUUCAAUGUCCUCAUCUUGUAAGAGCAAUAAUCCCAAAUUCAAAGGGAAGAGGGCUGAUGAAGAAUUUCUUGUUAUGUCUGAAGAUGAAAGGAAAGCUGAUCAAGUGCUAAAGCAGAUGAGAGGAAUUCCAGGAAUGCCAGGAAUGGAGAUGUAUUCAAGGGAAGACAUAGCUAAAAUGACUGAGCAAAUGGGUGGAAAGAAAGGCCAGGAGCCUGAACAAGCAAAAGAAUUGCCCAUUGAUGAUGAAGGCUUGCUWUAUGCUGGGGGAGAUGUGAGCUUCUUUCAAAUAAUGAAGGACAGUUAUUCAAGGUUSACAUCAUGGAUGAAAGGCCUUUAUAAUUCAGCUUUUAAAAAGUCAGAAUUAUGACAUCUCAACAAAAUUCUAUUUCUAAUAAGUUUACUAAAAUUAAGGCUUAACACAAGUAUGUGCACACUUUGUUCCAUGUACUAGGUCUUUUACAGGUAAAUGAAGGCAGGUGUUGUAUUUGUUCUGUAAAAGAGAGCAACAUGCAAAGCACUGAUCCUUCUUCAUUACAGCUUAUUAAGUUUUAUAUAUUUAGUGACCAAAGUUAUCUGUAACACCAUUUGCUCUCAUCUGAUGAACYACAAGAAUUAUGAGAAAAUCCUGCUUGAUAAAUAAUGCCACUUUGUGCAAAUGUAUGAGUUUGGUGAUGUGCUGAAAUUUAUUUAUAAGCAGUGUUAAUACAUGGAAAAUAAUGAAAAUAAAGUCAUUUUCAUAAUUAA